AUGAUGAAGGCAACCGCUCUUUUAGCACUGACUGCUGCAGCCCAGGCACAUACAGUCGCCUGGACCAGAGGCAUGUAUUGCUUUGGAGGUCCAGAUCUUUCUACCGACAAUGCCAACACAAAUACCGCGGUCGACCCGCUGUAUAAUCUAGCCCACGAGGACUGGUGGUUCCAACACGAUCGCGGCUGCGAUGCUGCACCACCCGCAGACGGCGACAUACUCGAGCUUCCUGCUGGCGGCAAGUUCACCGUCGAACUGGCCCACAACCGGGCCCAAACCACGCUGUCAUACGAUGGAAAUUACAGCUCUGCUUGGCCGGAUGGGAAAGACCAUCCAGAAGACUGGGCUGGUCCUGGAAGCCCACCAGAAUGUAUUCAGGACGACGGGGCAAUGCAUACCAACAAUCAGUCUAAGGCUGCGGGCACCGCAUUUGCCAUCAGUUACCAGUCUGAGUUGAGCAAGGUCACGAUGGAUAACCUGGCUGUGUUCACUGUUUUAGAGCAGUAA